GGUCAGCCAGGCCAAACCUGAAUGGCACUAUGACCUGACACUUGCCCCAGCCACUUCUACCAUAACCACAUGUAUGUCCAUCAUUGAUUUGGGCUUGCAGAGUAAUGGAGUGAGAUCAGCAGGAGGGUCUCUGGCAGGAUAUCUCCUUCAGUGCUGCAAGGAGAUCAGCAGGAGCUUUCAGAGCCCAUCAUGAAGAGCUGUCUUUGGGCCUGGACCCUGCUUUUGAAUACACUGUCUGGAAGAAGCUAUGGACAAACUUCAUUACAAGAUGAAAUUAAAGACAAUACUACAGUGUUUACCAGAAUACUGGAUCGUCUGCUGGAUGGUUAUGAUAACCGCCUGAGACCAGGAUUGGGAGAGCGUGUAACUGAAGUGAAGACUGACAUCUUCGUCACCAGCUUUGGGCCUGUUUCCGACCAUGAUAUGGAAUAUACAAUAGAUGUAUUUUUCCGUCAAAGUUGGAGAGAUGAGAGACUAAAAUUCAAAGGACCCAUGACAGUCCUCCGGCUAAAUAAUUUAAUGGCCAGCAAGAUUUGGACACCUGACACUUUUUUCCACAAUGGAAAGAAAUCAGUGGCUCACAACAUGACAAUGCCUAACAAACUACUACGAAUUACAGAGGAUGGGACACUGCUGUAUACAAUGAGACUGACUGUGAGAGCAGAAUGUCCAAUGCACUUAGAAGACUUUCCAAUGGAUGCACAUGCUUGCCCAUUGAAAUUUGGAAGCUAUGCCUAUACCAGAGCGGAGGUUGUGUAUGAAUGGACAAGGGAACCAGCGAGGUCUGUGGUUGUGGCUGAAGAUGGCUCUCGGUUGAACCAAUACGAUCUUCUGGGGCAAACUGUGGACUCUGGAAUUGUUCAGUCCAGUACAGGGGAGUAUGUUGUUAUGACUACCCACUUCCAUUUGAAGAGAAAGAUUGGUUACUUUGUCAUUCAGACUUAUCUACCAUGCAUCAUGACAGUGAUUCUGUCCCAGGUGUCCUUCUGGCUUAACAGAGAAUCUGUUCCAGCAAGAACAGUAUUUGGAGUGACAACUGUUCUCACAAUGACCACCUUGAGCAUCAGUGCAAGAAAUUCCCUUCCAAAGGUGGCCUAUGCCACAGCUAUGGAUUGGUUUAUAGCAGUGUGCUAUGCAUUUGUGUUUUCAGCACUCAUCGAAUUUGCAACAGUGAACUACUUCACAAAGAGAGGUUACGCAUGGGAUGGCAAAAGUGUUGUUCCUGAAAAGGGGAAGCAAAGUCUUCAUGAUUUGCUCAUCUGUGGGCAAAGGGAGAUAAAUCCAUGGAUUUCUUGGUAUUCAUGUGGAUCUCAAGGUAUCUGCAGGAGGAAAAAGACAUCGGCAUGUUGUUCUGCCCCACAUAGUGACUGCCUGCCCCUGGAAGGACUAUUCUAACUGUGCUAGCCCCUGGACCCCCCUUAGGGAAAUCCAACUCAGCUCCCCAUCCGAAGCGUAUCUUCCUCAACUCCAUGGAACUGUAAUCCUAAGGAACCCCCACAUAGGACUUCCUGCAGGAUUGAAGCCACAAUAUUGGAAUACCCC